AUGUAUAGAAUAAUUCAUCGAUGUCACUAUACGCAUCGAGCAAUAGGAUGCACCUUCCUACGACCUUUAAUGUUUUCAUAUGCAUAUUCCAAGAAAUCAUCGCCCCAACCAUCUCGCUUCGGAAAGCUCUCGAAUAAUGUGGUGUCUUUCCUCCAAAAUGAAUCUAAAGCUCUAGAAAAUGCUAUUGGAGAACCCGAAAUACUGUAUGACCUUCAAAACUAUGGAAGUCAUAAUGAUAUUUAUAGCUCGUUGGAUCCGUCUAUACGAUCACAACUAGAUCUGACUUUUGAAUUGCAUAGAAAGUUGUUGAUACUCCUUUCAUAUAAGCCAUCCAAGAAGAGAAUUGACCCAGAACUCUAUAUACAUUUGCAUAAGCAAUUAGAUAGUAGCCCAUUGGAUGUAGACCAAAUAAACCUUUUAAUUCGACGGUUGACAUUCCAUCGGAAAUUUGAUUACAUCUGGAAAGUCAUCGAGGACGGGGGAAGCACGUUAACAGACAUAGAAGAUUACAUCGAAGUGAUUUGCUUGGAAUUAAAAUCCAGUAACUAUUUUGAAAUUGGCUUACUCGAGGUGAUCUCUUCUGCACGGAAUGUAAUUAAAAGUUCAGGCUUGAAGAAUUCGAUUAUAGACACUAUAUGCUUCAAGUAUGAGAAGAGCAGAAGCGGCAUUGAAGAUGAAACUCUUCGUUUAUUGGAAUAUAGGACUACCAUUUCCCUUCCAAAUAUCAUUGAUGUGGAUCCGAUUAUGGAGCUACCAGGAUUUAUAUCGUACGUUUCAAGUCCAUUUUCCGUGAGGGACCUUGUUUCUUCCAACGUCAAAUUCCAAUUAAAUGAAAACGAUAUUCAAAAAGUCCUCGAAUUCUCCUCACCAAAUGACUAUCACUUACUAUACCCGUAUUAUAAAGUUAUUUUGAAAGUAUCUGAACCAGAUUUUGUCGACAAGUUACUAACUUCGAUGAUGAAACACAAGGCAACACAAAAUAUCGUACAUUGCCUUCAAAGUCUCAAUAGUCGAAUUUCCAAUGAAAUCUUGACACAAUCAUUAGCAUAUACAUAUAUCCACUCCUCAAUCGAAACUUGGCUCGGAAUUUACUGGGGCAUUCCCAUGAAAGUAGAGAAAAGGGCCCAAAUAUCCGAAAAUUUCGCCAAAGUUGUACUAAACUCCAUGAAGCUAAUUCACCCAGGAUCUAGUUUGGAAUCCGAAAUCUUGUCGCUCAUUUCAGUGCUACAUAAAAAUGAUUUAUUACAUAGAAAUGUCUUAUCCACCAUAUUGAAUUCAAUGGAUCAAUCAGCUAGUUUCAGCUUUUAUUUGGAAGUACUGAGACUUGGACUAGGCAUGAGCAACUUUAUUGAUUUAGUAGAUAGUAUUUGUCAAAAGCAUUCAGAAAGAGUCAAUUUCAGAAAAUUAUCCACUGACAAGACGACUAGUGGAGAAUUAUAUCAGAACUUGUUUCAAACCUUCUUAUAUAUCAACUUCAAAAGACAGAGAGAAGAGGGGGUAGACGACUAUCGAAAACUCUAUAUAAAUUCGACCAAGUACGAACGUUCCAAGUCUAUUCAUAGAUUGCAUCUCUUCAGCAAGCCAAUUUCCCAACUUAGUCUGAAGCAAAUUGCAAGCAUAUUAAAUUCACUCGAACACUUUGUUAAUCAUUCUGGGGAUUUCAAGUUUGAAUCUACUAGCUAUGGGAGAAAGCACCUUCUCGAUAAAUUUAUUGCACAAAUUAUGUUAGAAAUAGAUCGAAAGCAUAAAUCACAUAGAGGAAUGCGUAAAAUAAGGGAUAUAAUAGACCAAUUUCAGUUCAACUCGACAACGAUUUCACAUGAGUUACUUUAUCAGUACUUAACCAAAUACAACCCAGAUGUACCAUUUGAAAUAGCCAGUGAGUUUUCAAAAAACAAACCUUCUUUAACAAACGAGAAAAUGAAAGGAAUGAUGAUUGGUAUGUUGACCACACCAUAUUAUCCAUCUACAGCUAGAGUUGAGCAUUACUUCAGAUUUUGUGAACAUUUGAAGGAAUUGGGGUAUAAAAAUUCCACUAAGAAGAAGCCUAUAAUAAUGUUGAUUGACCUUAUUGUUAACAUUAAAGUUGAAAACCCAAAUGUAGAGUUCAAUAAUUUUGAAGACAUAUUAAAAAUUGCAAUGCAGAGGAGAGUCAAAAAGUCUUUGUUACUUCAUUGGUCCAGGAAGUUGAUGUUACUGGAGGAGUUAACGAAAUAG